AUGGAAGUCCCAAUGACCAUCGCACCGUGCAUGACCUCCACUCCUCUUCAGCAACGCGCCCGCAACCUGGCGCCCCUCCAGUUGAAGCCAUUCUACUCUGACGGUCUCCUCUCGCCCCGCCAGAUCCAUCUGAACAAUUUCCGAGCACAAAAUAUUGAUGAUAGUGCCUACGACUCAAUGUGUGAUCCGCUGCUCCCCAGAAGCUUGCUGGGAACGCCGAAGAGCGGCGGCUUGGACAAACCGAACCUCAGCUUCAGCCCACAACUCAGCCAGAUCUCCGGCGAAUUUAGCCAACGUGAGUUGGAGCAAUUUUUGGAGGGGGUCUGGUUGAGAAAAAUUAGAAAAAACUGAGAAUUUAUGGGUGAAGACAAGAAGAUAAUUUUGUUUUGGCUAUGUCAGGAGGAAGGAGAGGUCCUAAUAGGUGGUUGUGAAAAGAAAGGCGUUUAUUUGGGCAUCCAUCAUUGUUUUUGACCUUAUUUUAGACAUCAGAUGUGGGCAUUUAGAUUUUGGUCGAUUUGAAGGUGAUAAAGUGAAGUCGUUUAGAUGCCAAUCUUUUUGUUGAAGCUCAAGGGUCUCUUCGAUCCAUCUGAAAGGAUUAGAAGGUCAAAUUAUUUUUUAUCCAGCUUUUCUGACCUUAUUUUAGACAUCAGACGUGGGCAUUUAGAUUUUGGUCGAUUUGAAGGUGAUAAAGUGAAGUUGUUUAGAUGCCAAUCUUUUUGUUGAAGCUCAAGGGUCUCUUCGAUCCAUCUGAAAGGAUAUGAAGGCCAAUUUAUUUUUUAUCCAGCUUUUCUGACCUUAUUUUAGACACCUAUAGUGCCCUUUGCAAUUUUUCAAAUUUAUAGUUAAAAACUUGUAUGGUUGGGCGAAUAACUAUCCUAGUAGAAGCCCAGAGCUUUUAAGAAAUGUCUAGUAUUGUUCAUAGCACCUGUGGGCAUCUGUUUAUCCCAGUAAAUGGACCUUAUUUUAGCCCCCAGCGAUCUCCUUUGUGGCCUCUGCCAAGGCAUCUACCGUGAUCCCCGAGUCCUUGCUUGCUUCCACAGCUUUUGCAGAGAAUGUCUAGACCAACAUGCGGCCGGAUUGUCCAGAGUCAACUGCCCAGCAUGCAACAGUCGCACUCAAUUGUCCCAACUUGGAGUAGAUGGACUCUUGGCCGAUUACGCGUUGAUUCAUGCCGUCAAAAUUCAUGAAUUGAAAGGUGAGAGAUCUUCCAGUGUCUUGUCAGUAAUGCCAGUUACGUAAUAAAGGGUAAUGGCUGUUUAUUCAUCGAUUUUUAGAAGGAAAUAUCGAUCGAUUUGAGCUCGAGGUUUCCAAGACCAAAAAAUGCCACUGUUUGGAACAUCGGUAAGGUUUUUGAUUUGUUUUUUUGCUGUUUUAGGUGUCUCAAGCCAAAUUGAAGUAAAUAAUAGUGAUUCAGACUUGAAAUUUUCAAAAUUUCAGAUUUUUUGGGGAUUUUUUUGACUUGGAGGUCAUGGAUAAUAUUUUUAUUAGUUUGUGAUUUUUUGAUGCUAGUUGGCUCAAAUUUUUUGUUUGAAAAAAUAGAAGAGACCUUAUGGAGUGCCAUUGUCGUUAUUUUAGUCUAUAAAAAUUUGAGAGUUUUUGUUUUUCGACAAUUUUUUUUGACCUGACCCGUCAUGGAUAAUAUAAUUUUUUGUUUGAACUUGAAUUUUGAUAAGUAAUUUUAGUAGUCGCCCUCUCCAGUUUUACUGCUUAUCCUGUGACUUUGCUGUGUGUCAGGAAUGCACUCAAAAGGAUCAUCCCCGCCCCAUGCACCAACUGGAACCCAUCGAAAACGCGGCGCAAGCCCAGCUGAUGGCCAUUGAAAAUCUGAUCGAUGAGGUGAAUUUAAAACAACGAGAGCUGCGCACAGCCUUCCAACAGAUCGAAACCAUCCAGAGACGAGUGAACACGUCGCAGAAUCAGGCCACCGCCAAGCUCCGAGAGACCUUGAACCGAAUGAUUCAGGUCAUCCAGGACGCCCACGAUUGUCUUCAGAAAGACCUGGAUGCAACGUAUAUUCAUCGACAGGUAGGGAGAUUUGAUUUGAAGACGUUUCAGGACAUUCCCCAUCACUUCCGAUAUUACUAUAGAGGAGCUGGAAAAAUAAGUUUUUUUAAAUUAUUUCUUGGUGUUUUAGGAGCAGAUUGUCAGCAUCAGCCGAGGAGUCCAGAAGAUGACCGGCAAAAUCUCGGAAACUGUGAAAUUCGCCCAACGCCUCCUGAAAUACGGCCGUCCGGCGGAGGUGCUGGUCUUCAAGCCGCUGCUCGAGGCGCGCCUCCGCGGGUUCCUCACCUUCAACGCCGAAACGGAGAUGAUUUUGAACGGAAAUAUGGAGAUUGAACAACCCCGUGUGGAGGCGACCCAGGUCGUCCAAGCUCUGACUUCGCUCUGCCUCAGCGGACGACCCGAUUCCUGGAACCACGCCGACUCUUGCCACACCCAUCACCACCCCGCCGGCUCACUUUUGCCCCAAAGUUUGGUCCGGCCCAGCUCGUCCCAGUAUUUGCGACACUCCUCCAGCAGUUUGAGCUCGUUACCCCCGAUCUCCAGAGGUCUGACGUCGUCGAGUGUCCAGAACUUGAAUGCACUCGAGAGAAACAACACCUUCUCGGACCCGUUGGACCAUCAGGACCUCCGCGACUCUCUGAAUGAACAGUUCCAGGAAUUGUCGAGGUUCUCGUCCGGAUUGGACUUGUCGGCGAGUCCGCAGGGUGAGAGGUUUUUGAUGUUUUUUGUUUGGUUUUUAGGUGAAAAUGGACAAGAAAGAUGAAUUUUAAGGCAGUAUGAGCUGCGUUGAGCUGGAUGGGAAGGGAUUUUGCACUGAAUUGACGAAAAAUUAUAUUACACAUGAUAAAAAAAAAUUUUGAUUUUUGGGAAAAUUCAAGGUUUUGAGCGGUCUGAGGCUGGAAAUGAGAUUUAUAAAGUCUUUUUGAAUUCGUGAGACUAAAGUUUAGUUAAAAUUUGAUAAAAAUUAUAUUACACAUGAUAAAAAUUUUUUGAUUUUUGAGGAAAAUUCAAAGUUUAGAGUGAUUUAGAAGUUGGAAAUGAGAUUUAUAAAGUCUUUUUGAAUUCGUGAGACAAUAAUUCGGUCAAAAUUUGAUAAAAAUUAUAUUACACAUGACCACGUUUAGGAUCCGCGAGUCAAUCGGACCUCAACUCUCGGCUUCUUGGUGUCUACGGAGCACCCCGAGCUGUGACUGCGACCCGAAGAGAGCGAAUGAUCUAUUAUCACAAGUUUGGGGAGUUCGGAAUCCAACAGGGCCAAUUCACGGAACCGUCCGGAGUCGCCGUUACGGCUCAAAAUGAAAUUGUGGUCGCUGACACCAACAAUCAUCGAAUUCAGGUGGGAAUUUUGUUUUUGAGUUUUAGGUAACGAAUUUGAUUUGAAAUGUGUCAUGAUGACGCAAUUUUUGGAAGUGGUCAUGAUGACGUAUUUUAUGGAAUUUGAUGACAUGAUGGGUUUUUUUUUUUUUGAAAAUUGUGUCAUAAUGACGGAUUUUAAGAUUUUUUGAUAAAAUGUGUCAUCAUGACGUGUUUUUUGGAAUUCCUCGAUAUUUUUUACCCAUGUUGUUUUAGGUAUUCGACCGCGAAGGAAACUUCAAAUUCAUGUUCGGAGAGUGCGGAAAACGCGACGGCCAACUGCUCUACCCGAACAGAGUCGCAGUGAACCGAAUCACCGGCGAAUUCAUCGUCACCGAACGCUCCCCCACGCAUCAGAUCCAAGUCUUCAACCAAUACGGGCAUUUCCUACGGAAAUUUGGAGCCAAUAUCCUCCAGCAUCCGAGAGGAGUCUGCGUGGACUAUCAAGGAAGAAUUGUGGUUGUGGAGUGCAAGGUGGGCAGAGGAGUGGAGGGCUGUGGGGUGUUUUACCUAUUAGCAUUUUCAUAAAGUGCAUGGACAUGUUUUCGCUUUUGCACAGUGCAUCUUGAAUUUUUGUCGCCAACGCACUGUGGAUUUUUGCCUUUGCGCACCAUGCAAACCUCAAAAAACCCGAUUGCACUGUGCAAACCGCAGCGGCGCAGUUGAGAAAAGCUUACGUCGCCGCGAUAUUUCAAAUGCACAGUGCAAAAAAUCGGGGAUUUUUGUGCACGGUGCGGAUUUUUUGUUUUGGAGGGUUGCACUGUGCAGUAAGCUGCUUUGUUUUCUUUUGAUUUUGCACUGUGCGAAGAACAAAUUCGCAAUUUUGCACGGUGCGAAAUUUUUUGUGGCGUUUGCACUGUGCGAAUAAAGUUUCUUUUUAUUUUGCACUGUGCGAUGGAAAAAAUUAGGAAUUUUGCACGGUGCGAAAGAUAUUUUCUCUUCGUGUCGCAGGGUGGUCGCACAGUGCGGUUUAUUUUUUAUUUUUAUUUUUUUGCACAGUGCAAGGCGGAAUUUUUUUGCACUGUGCAAGGUGGAAUUUUUGCACUGUGCAAAGAGAAUUUUUUGCACGGUGCAAUGAGAAUUUUUUGCGCUCUGCAAUGAGAAAUUUUUUUGCACGGUGCGAGUUGGAAUUUUUUGCACGGUGCAAGGCGGAAUUUUUUUGCACAGUGCAAGGCGGAAUUUUUUUGCACAGUGCAAGGCGGAAUUUUUUUGCACAGUGCAAUUUUCGACUUGUUGCACUGUGCGAAGCCAGGUUUCACGGUCGUUUAGGGAUGACGGAAUUUCUGAAAUUUGAUUUUGACUGUAAUUUGCAGGUGAUGCGUGUGAUCAUCUUCGACGCCUACGGCAAUGUUCUGCACAAGUUCCUCUGCUCGCGCUACCUGGAAUUCCCGAACGCGGUCUGCACCAACGACAAGGAUCAGCUGUUCAUUUCGGACAAUCGCGCGCAUUGCAUCAAGGUUUUCAAUUAUCACGGCCAGUUCUUGCACCAGAUUGGAGGCGAAGGCAUCACCAACUACCCGAUUGGAAUGGGAAUUACCAUCAACGGGGAGAUUGUGGUCGCUGAUAACCAUAACAAUUUCAAUUUGACUGUCUUUACGCAGGUGGGGAAGUUGGUUUUUGGGAGAAAAAAGGGUGUUUGGGGGUUUUGGAUGUUGUUUUAGGCGAAUUUUUGGGAUUUUUAGGAGAAAUUUUGAGUUUUUGGUAUUGUUUUUGGGAUUUUUGAUAUGGAAAUAGAUUUUUUGUGUGUUGAGAAGGAUAUGUUAGGAAUAGGAGGUUUUUUCUCAGCUUUAGAGAGCUGAUUUGACAUUUUUUUGACGAAAUUUUUGGGAUUUCUGACAAAAAUUUGAGAUUUUUGGGGAAAUCUUGAUUUUUUUGGUUUUUAAUGAAGCUGUAUUGAGCUGAAAUGGAUGUUUAUGGAAGCUAGCUACUCUGUAGAGUAUUGUGAAUUGUAUUUGCAACCUAUAAAUGGCCUAAUUUUAGAGCGGAGAGCUGAUUUCGGCGAUGGAAAGCCGCGUGAAGCACGCCCAGUGCUUUGACGUAGCCCUAAUCGAUGGGAAUACGAUUGUGUUGGCGUCGAAAGACUAUCGCCUCUACUGCUACAGAUUCAUCACCAAGAAAACGGACCAAGCCUUGAACGAUUCUGGAGUUUCGAACUGA